UCGUCUAAGAAAGAUUACGCAGUUAGUCAUUCGUGGUCAUUACAAUCGCUCACUGUUCAUUGUUAAAUUUAGGUGCAGAUUUCCUUGUCUCCCCAGUUUCAGUAGUUCGUAAAAGAACCCACACAUCUCUCAAAAUGGACCCGAAGAGAGGCAGCAUUUCUAUUUUAGCCAAUUGUUUGAUUGUGCUGGUAGUUUUUGUCGCUCUCGCACAAUCUGCGCCGAACAAUUCCACUGCGCCAACGGUAGAAAAAUCGACAAGCAAAUCACCCUCUCUCGCCCCCACCGUAACAAACGCCACGACCUCUGGAAACAAGACAUCGAAUGCUUCGGACGAGGAUUGCGAAGCGGAACCAGAACCAACCAGUACCGAGGGACUCAAAAACACUACGAAACUUCCAGGUGGGGAGCGGCAAGGAAAAGUGUUGACUCCGGAUGACAAGGACAAGUACAAGCACGAAAAUGGGUCCGCCAUACCCGAACCAGUGAUUGCCGCCACCAAAGCAAAUGCCACAACUGCUUCUCAGCCAGGGGGUGACGCAGCCAAACUUCAAGGAAAUAAUUCGACUACGACCACAACAGCAGCACCUUCGGCGUCCGGGGCCACCACAUUUGCUUCAUCACCAUCUCUGUGGACCAAUGUCAUUUUCGCAACUUUGCUCUCGUCCUUCGCCUCCUCAGCCUUGUAAAUUCAAUUAUUUUAGUGGUAGGUAGGAAGUAGACUAGUUUUCAUCUUGGAUUAUUGUGGUCAGGCAGGAUUACAAAAUAGACUAAAAUGUGCAGCAUGUUGCUUAAUUUUCUGUUAAUUGUUUUUGUUAAAGGGGAAAUGAGAUGCUUCUCAGACACAAAAGUUAACUAUUUGGUAGAUGCAAAAUAUACAUAUACAUACGUACAACACUUGUCUUUAGUUACUUGUUGCUUGAUGAUUUUCCAGAAAUGUAUCAAUCAAACCACUCUACGCUCAUUUGGAUUACAAGUUUUAUAUGGUCAUUUUGGCCAUAUACAGACAAAUCAAUAUAGAAAACAUGUAUGUAUUUUGACGUAUAGAUUUCAAGCCCCAUCGAUGAGAUCAUGAUCAAGAUCAAACUGUGGAAACUUUUUGAAAGUGUUUUUGCUGCGAAUUGACAAUGAGCAAAUGCAAAUUUUCUGUUGAAGUGACAUGGACAAAAGAUUAUUGAAUUGAAAUUCAAGUCAUACAUAUGCGACGUUUUCUAUGUCUUGUGAAGUUUACAUUUCUUGUAGUGUCUCUUGUAAGUUCUCUUAUACAGUAGGAUAGUAAUAUGCAAGUAAUAUGCAUGUAGUAUGUGGAUUUCGGUUAGAAACAAACUGAGGUCAUCACGGUCACCAUCAAUCACUUGCAUUAUGCAUAGAAUAUGUCUACAAGUACAAUAUGAAGUUAUAUGAUAACCUGUGAGCUAACCAAAUAUCGAUUUGAAUAUUAAUAUCUUUGUCAUUGAUUUAAAUAUGCGAAAAUUAUUAUCGAGAACCAUCUAGUCCGUGUAACUAAUUCCAAUUGGCUGCAGAAAUGCAUUGCCGCUAAACUUUUGUGGGAAUUAUUUUGUAAUAAAGUAAUCAUGUAAACAUUUA